GUUGUGUCAAAUAAUCGAAUUCUCGAUGGUGUUUCCUGCCGUAUUUUCUUAAAUUUGUUAAUUUAUUGUGUUUUAAUUGAGAAUGUGGAGGUAUUGAGAUUAGUAUUUAUACAAUUAACUAGUUUAUUUGUAAUUGUAGAAGACAUUUUUUGGGAAAUCUAGUAACAUGGAGAAAAGAAAAUUAUCCACUUCAGGAGACUCCCUUUACCUUACCCUUGGUUUACCAAAGACCGCCACUGCUGAUGAUAUCAAGAAGACGUAUAGGAAACUUGCUCUCAAAUACCAUCCAGACAAGAACCCCGACAACCCAGAAGCUGCCGAGAAGUUCAAAGAUGUGAACAGAGCACAUUCUAUUCUCAGCGACCUCACUAAGAGGAACAUCUACGAUAACUAUGGAUCACUCGGCCUCUACAUCGCAGAACAGUUCGGGGAGGAGAACGUCAACGCUUACUUCCUUGUCACGUCCGGCUGGUGCAAGGCUCUGAUCGUUUUCUGCGGAGUAAUAACCGGCUGCUACUUUUGCUGUUGUUGCUGCUGUUGCUGCAACUUCUGCUGCGGCAAGUGCAAGCCUAGACCACCAGAGGAGAGUGGCGACUACCAGACCUUGCAUAGGGACCAGUACCAGGGGCAACCAGGCGUCGUCACCCAACAACCCACCAGCAAAACGGACAGUGACAAUGAGGAUGGUGCCGGCGGGGCAGGUGGAAGUGACCCCACAGUGACGUCACAGCCCAAGUCGUCCAGCAACACUAGCAACGCCCCCAUAGUGCUGGGGCCGCCCAGCGAGAGCUCCGCCCUCAACUUGCAACAGCAAACUACUUACACUCCAGGUAGGAUGACUCAAAGUGGAUCCCCGAGCCACAUGGGCUAGAGAGACGGAGAUAGCAGACGACGGAGCUAGCAGACGACGAACUUGUCACUCCAUGGCUGUGUCCUCUCCUCCCCUCGCACUUAGCUACACAGUAUUCAUGCUUUGAGCAAUAUUCAACUUUCAACCCCUCCGCCAACCUAAGGUUCCCACGUUAAAGUUUAAAUUCUAAGAUGUUGUCUUCCCUAGGCUUUGCUUGUCAGAAAGUGUAGACAUUCCUAAUUUGUAUGUAAUUUUGUUUGUGGUACAGUGAUUCAAUUGCUGGUCUUUUGUCACAUUAUUUGAAAUUUUUGAGGAUUUAAUGCUUUGGUAUACUUUGCCUGUUGUAUUUCAAGUUUAACACAAGUUUAAGAUCCAAUUUUAAGUUUUGUGGUUUUGUUUUACAUUUGCAGGAUAGUUUUAAGUGGAUUAUAAUUAUGUGUCAUAAACUUGUACAGAGUUAUCCCUUAUGGUAGUAUUUACUUAUUUAUAUAUUCACUAAACUUUAAAAAACAUAUUUCAUGAAUAACAUCCGUCAUUUAAAUUCAAGAUAAAUUUUUUAAAAGUACUUUAACAUUUUGUUGUAUGGUUUGAAAAACCACUGCUAUUUAAUUAAUAAUUUCCUUUUAUUUUACAGAUUUUGUGAUCAAACAUCACUAAUAAAAAAGUUCACCAUCGGUAUGGUUCCCUUUUACCUAGUCAAAUAGUUUUAAUUCGAAGGAAAAUCUUUAACUUAUUUUCAUUGUUGAUGAAUUUAUUUGUUGCAUUUUACAUUUACAAUAUAGAAAUGUUCUGAACUUUGUUGCGUGUUCUCUGGUUUAAUUAUUUAUUACUUUUUUUUUUUAAAUUCAAACAUUUUUAUUUAAAAUCAGCAAUUUUGGAGGAGAGAAACUUGAUAUGAUAGUUAAUAUCUUGAUAAUCAUAAUGUACUACUAUUUAAUUGUCGUAUAAAGUAAUAAAAGCACUCAAUACAACUUUUUUGUUGUAGUUUAGAAUUAUGUUUUGUAUACUUAAAUAAUUGUAGAUAUCGAUAACGUAUUGUUGAUAUUGUAACUUGCAUCCUAUGUUUAUAGUUAGUUUAUAAAACCAUCGUAAAAUACUUUUAACAACACAGGUACUUUACAUGUUACUUUUCCAAUGUCAAAUUGCAUUAUCUACAAUAAAGUUUUUGAUUUUAGUUUAA